UCAUAUAGGGUGAGAUAUAUAAUUUAACAAACAUUUGAAUUCAACUCAUGAGAUAUAUCAAUUCGCCAAUAAGUCAGUAAUCAAGUUGGUUCUUUAGCCACAAUGUUGAGACAUCUCAUGUGCUCAACACGAGUUAACUCACGAGUUUAGCUCAUCAAGCAACCUAGUUCAGCUUGCUCGCAAGCUGAACAAGGCUGAACUCAUGCUCAAUUUGUUAAUAAACGAAUCGAGUUUCGAAUGAGCUUUUCCGUGGGCCGAUGUGGGAAGAAAAGCCCAUAAGAGGUAAAGGUCUUGAAUCUCAGCCCAAUCUUGACCCCUUAUUCCCUUUUUAACUUAGAUGGGCUUAUUUGAAGCCCACUAGAGUUUGUCUUUCGUCCCACUGGAAAGACCGAAUAACAGCACGUGUCCGCCAUUCUUUCCUUCCCUCCCAUUUCCCCACACUCAACCGCCGCCCAUUUCCCGCCGCCGCCCCGCCCUCCAUUCUUCGCCGGAGUUUCCCACCAGUAAUUUCCCCUUAAAUUAUCUCUUUCGUCACGUUUUCCUUGAAAGAUCUCGCCCCUCUGAAACCCCCCUGAACGAUUGGUUCACACUCUGUAAAGUAAAGUCCGUCCCUUUCCCACCCGAAAAGCCGUUUCUUCAGCAGGAAGCACUACAGUCGAUUACUUUACUGUUGUAGAUGAUUCAUCGUCGGGCCGCAUGAUUCCACCCGAUUCACAUCUCGUUCUACCCGCUACGCAUCCCACACCGCUCCUUUUUCACGGCGGCACCGCCUAUCGAUCUUCUCUCCGGUUUGAUCCGACCGGAUCCCGCUACCGGCGGCGGAUGUGUAGCAUGUCUUCGCCCGUCUGUUGCUUCGGGGAAGGCAGUUGGCGGCGGAGGAGGACGAAGGGAGGGUUGAAAGUGGAGAUUGACAGUGGCGGGGAAGAUGUUUUGGAUGCAGGAGUUGCUGCUGAAUCGAGGGUUUAUCCUGAACAUCUGGUGAUCAUGGUUAAUGGGCUCGUUGGAAGCUCUGCGGAUUGGAGAUAUGCAGCAGGGCAGUUUGUGAAGAAACAUCCGGAUAAAUUGGUUGUGCACAGGAGUGAAUGCAACUCAUCUAAAUUGACAUUUGAUGGUGUUGAUUUGAUGGGUGAGAGGCUGGCUGAGGAGGUACUAUCUCUUGUCAGGCGUCGUCCUGAAGUGCGGAAGAUCUCAUUUGUCGCUCACUCCUUAGGCGGACUUAUCGCCCGGUAUGCUGUUGCAAGGUUGUAUGAGCAAUCACCAAAGGUGGUUCAAUCAGGAGAUGCAAUGCAAGGUGCUGAUCAAAAACCUUACGAAGACAGAAUCGCAGGGCUUGAACCAAUUAACUUCAUAACCUUUGCAUCGCCACAUCUCGGUUCACGAGGACAUAAGCAGUUCCCUAUUCUCUGCGGCCUUCCUUUUCUUGAGAGACAAGCAUCUCAGACUGCUCACUUGAUCGCUGGAAGGACUGGGAAACAUCUUUUCUUGACUGAUAAUGAUCAUGGGAAGCCUCCUCUUCUCCUCCGAAUGGUCAAUGAUUCUGAUGAAUUGAAAUUCAUAUCAGCUCUGUGUGCAUUCAAGCGUCGCGUGCUUUAUGCCAAUGCUAAUUUUGAUUAUAUGGUUGGUUGGGGGACAUCAUCAAUCAGGCGUCAAAAUGAGCUACCUAAGUCCACUGCACUUAGAUUAGAUGAGAAAUAUCCCCACAUUGUCUACAUUGAGCCUGAGAAUACAGAAAACAAGCAUGAUCGAACAUCUUCCUCAAGUCUCGUGGAACAGACGAUGGAUCUAGAAGAGAUGAUGAUCAAUGGUCUUACUCAAGUACCUUGGGAACGCAUACAUGUUAGCUUCCACAAGAGUAGGCAGAGGUUGACUGCUCAUAACACUAUUCAGGUGAAGAGCUAUUGGUUGAACUCAGAUGGUGCUGAUGUGAUUUACCACAUGAUAGAUAACUUCCACAUCUAGCUGCAUUGAAGUUGGAUUCUUCCCAUCAACAGUGUUCCAAAGAUGGCCUGGAUUUCUUCUUUAUUCUCAUGUGUCAUGUGCAAACACGAAAAUGUUGCGCCUUACGAAAGUUCACAUCUUGGUAACAUAUAGAGAAACUGCAGACAGCAGACUGUUGUGCAUUUUGCUCCUGCGUCUUGUAGAUUAUUAGCAUGUGCACCAAAAACUGUAUAAAGCUGUGUUACUGUGAUUGUAUAAUGGUGCAAUCAAUCUGGAUAAACUGCCAACCUUUUGGUUUGCUACUAUGGUCUUGAAUUCCAGGCCUUGGCUUUAUGCUCAUGCUUUUGGCUUCUGGAGUCUGCAAUGUCUGGCCUGAGUUACCUGUCAGAAAACUUCAUGGAGCUCUGCAGAACUGACUAUACAUCAACAUCAUCAAACGAAUUGUUACCUUGACUGCUAGACAUGUAUGGAGAGUUAUAAAAACGGCUACAAACAAUAUUUGUACAAGAUGAAACCAUUUUAUUCUUGAUACUAAUAAAUAUUAUCAUUGAGG